GAGGGGAGGACUCACAUAUUUCACAGGCACAGACCAAGCUUAUGCUCAGACUGGCACACAGGACUCACCUCCCUCCUCCCCUUUCCCACCACCAUCCUAGGUCAUGAGGGAACUCGUGGCAGGCGACGGCAUAGGAUGAUGGGGUGCUGGUGCCAGUUACCUCCCCAGAACUGGCAUCGCCCAGGCUGGAUGACGGUGCUGCUGCUAAUGACUGGCUCAUGUUUGUUGUUUCCAGUAUUUAAGAGCAUAUUGUGCCAAAUUCAUGCUGCAGUGACAGGAGGAUACAUCUCUGGUUCUCACUCACUGGCGUUCAUCAACUGUCCAAAUGACCAGAUCGCUAAAGACAUUGCCAGGGGCAUUCUGGAGAAGAAACUGGCAGCCAGUGUGAAUAUUAUGCCAAAAAGCUCAUCACUGUACAUAUGGAAAGGAGAAAUAGAAGAAUCUACUGAGGUACUUUUGCGAGUUGAAUUCUGUGUUCUCUUCAAACACUCAUUCACGUGCCUGGGAACCAAUCUAAAAAAAGAACUUUCUCUGCACAUGAUUGGACAUUUUGAAGAAAACCCAGGCUGA